GCCGCACAGUUGAUUUUUCGUGGAUCGGCGCGAGAUAAGUAAGCUUCACUUCUUAUUCACCGGCUGCCGCAGCACCAUGGCCAAUCCAGCCCUUGUGGCCGGAUUUCUGCUCCUCGUCGCGGCCAAUUUGGCCUAUUCGCAAGCCCCAGACCAAAAAUUUAAAAUAUGCGUACUGAAGACGAAGACAAGGGAGUGCAACAAUCUCGAUCGAGCUGGGAGCGGUGUUGAGUGUGUGCCAGUUGAGGACAGCACUGACUGCGCACUGAAAAUGCGGGAACGAAAAGCACACUUUGGAAUGUUCAAGGCGGAAGAAGCGCUUCUUGCGUCGCAUAUCCUCGAGGCAGUCAACGUUAUUGGUGACAUCAGGCAUGAGGAAUACAUUCAUGAAAAUUUCAGUUUCAACGCGGUGGCGAUCGCCCGUCGGAGUAGCGUGCCGAACAACGACCUUCAAUAUGCGCAAAACCUGUCCCUGUGCCACCCUGGCAUGGGCCAGGUGCACACGGGCUGGUCGGACAUGAUCUUGAAGGAGCUGGACCUGACCUUGCUAGACAAGAAAGGUUUGCUCAAGUGCGACGAGUGGCGCUCCACCCUGCAGAACGAACUCUACUCCAUCUCGCAAAUGUGGGGCCCAUCAUGCAGACCUGGAAAGUGGUCCUGGGAUGAAGAAAUAGACGCGUCUCUAAAAAAGGAUUUUAAUUCCCUGUGUGCCAAGUGCCCUAAUAAAGCCAACUGCGCUUAUACAGACCCAGGAAACACGCACCAAGCGACCAUCGCGUGCCUCAGAAACGGCGGGGACGUUGCUUAUGUCGCUUUGCAAGAGGCCAAAGAAUUCUUUCAGUCGACUGAGGGCUCGUACAAGGACUUUGGAUACGUGUGCAAGGACCUGAAGCUGUCUUCCAACUACAGCGACGAGUGCAUUCUGGCGAGGCAGCCGUGGUCUUCGAUCGUGGCCGUGAGGGAGGUGUCACGCGAGCUGGGCGCAAAGCUGCACGAGUGGCUGAAGCCGCUCGAGCCGCGUUUGUCCAUCGAGCAGGUACCGGAGCGGAUGGAGGGCGGCUGGCAGAGGACGCUGAUUGACUUGCUGCUCGAGAGCUACCACCUUUACUCCCCACUGCCGCAAAUCGAGCUCAAAACCUUCGUAGGCAGAGGGCGCCGGUUGAAGCAAAAGCAAGAAGAAAACGUGGCAUGCAACCGUCAAAUCCGCUGGUGCGUGGGCAGGGAGGAAGAGCGGGCCAAGUGCGGCUGGAUCUCGACGGCGGCCUGGUACGCAGGCCUCGUGCCCGAGAUCAAGUGCGUCUACGCCAACGGUUCGCGCGACUGCGUCAACAAGGUGUCCUCUAGCGAAGCCGACCUCACCGUCGCCGACAUCGACCUGGCGCAUUAUGGAAAAAGCAUUAAAAAAUUGAAGACAUUAAGAUUCGUGGAAACCUCAGAUGCAGAUCUGUCGUCAAUCGUGGCGAUUGUGAAGAAAGACAGCGAUGUCACCAAACUGAGUGAACUCAAGGACAAAAAGGCUUGCUUCCCGUCCUACGAAGGAAUAGCGUUUGGCACGUUUUUGAAAGAGGGCGUGGAGCAGUCGUUGAUCAAUAAAGACACCUGCCCAUACGGUGAAUCCGUUUCCGAGUUUUUCGGCGACUCUUGCAUCCCUGGAGCAAAAGACGAUGGCGAGCAAAAUCCCAGUAUUUGCGCGGCAUGUGAAAACAAGAACUGUCCUUCUCCGUCCACGAACUCAUCAGAAAAUGACGUGAACGCCAUGAAGUGUUUGGCCAGAGACGGAGACGUCUCGUUUGUCCGGCUCUACGAGAUUUUGAAAGCAUUUGAGACUAAUUUGCUCGAAUUGUCGAGCCAAGCAAAUUACGAGGUUCUCUGCAAAGAAGGCUCAAAAGUUCCGCUAAACGCACAAGCCGUGAAAUGUACAUUGGCGACAGUGCCAUCGCACGCGGUUCUGGCCAAACAGGACGACGAGCUGAACCACGAAAGAGACGCGAAUAUCGUCCUGUCUGGCCUAGAUUCGCUCUUCGGUCUGGAGGAAACGGCUCUUCAGCCGCAGCCACCCUUCUACAUGUACCACCCGUUCGGAAACAAUCCGAACCUAAUUUUCCCGAAGUCGGCGAGCAGUUUGAUGACCACCAAAAGCAAUAACAAAAACGUGGAGCAAUUUUUGAAACUAGUCGGAUCAGUGCCAAGGCCUUGCGGAAUCAGAAGCUCCGGCUUCGCCCUCAAGUCAUCGUUCGUGUCGCUCGCACUCACCUUAAUUGCAUUUAUUCUAUUCCGAUAGAAAAAAUAUAGUAUUUUAGAUAUUAAAAGUACGUUUGUGAUUUUCCUUUGAAAAUAAAAAUUCGAGCCAACUCACAAUUCACUGCCGA